ACUUGGCAGUUCGCCGUCGACCAUUGGUGUCAGCUGCUACGUUCGUCAGAUGGUAAUGUGAAUCGUAGAAUAUCGCAUCGAUCACCGUACCGAAGAAAACGCAUCAAGAUGAGCGGAGGAAUGCCGGAGCUUGGCUCAAAGAUAAGUUUAAUAUCGAAGGCGGAUAUUCGUUACGAGGGUCGCCUAUUUACCGUAGAUCCGCAAGAAUGUACGAUCGCUCUUGCUAAUGUGCGUUCCUUUGGAACAGAAGACAGAGAAACUCAACUGCCCGUAGCUCCUCAAAAUCAGGUCUACGAAUAUAUUCUAUUUCGUGGCUCGGACAUAAAAGAUAUUAGAGUUGUGAAUAAUGUUAACUCUAUACCAAAUGAUCCAGCUAUCGUCCAGAUGACUGUACAGCCAUCGAUGGGACAGCAAUCUUAUCAACCGCAACCGACUUAUGCUCAUCCAAUGAUGGGUCAAAUGGGCCCUAUGGGUGGUCAAUAUGGAACUCCUUACGGUAUGACUAUGGGGGCAAUGGGACCAGUAAUGGGCAUGCCGACUACUGCCAGAGAUCCUCGCGGGCCACUGAAUAAACAGCCAAGUGAGUUGAGCUUGGGCCCUGCUGAACCCAAUGCCAUCUCUAUCCCAAACUCACUAUCGACGGCCAAUGUCGACCCAUUACCAAAAGACCAAUCUCUGGAAGAUGGUGUACUGGAUCUUAUUAGCGGAGGAUCGAGAUCAACAACGCCGACAUCUUCAUUAUUGACUAGAAAAAGUCCUACAAUAGAUCAGGGCAUACAAGUAGGACAUCAACAGCAACAGCAACAACAACAACAGCAGCAACAGCAAAGUAGUCUUGGUAAACACGUUGAAAAGCCAAACAUUAGAACCGUUCAACCUCCACGUCGUGAUCACGAAGGACAUGUUGGUGGCAAAACGAGCAAUGCUAUGUCGCAAUAUAACGAUAUGAAGAGAGACGCCAUGAAAUCUGAUGGUCCGAUACAGGGACAAAGUGGACACCCCGGAGGUGGUAGAGGAAAUCGUGGUGGUUGGAUGAAUCGUGGAAAUAUACGUGGCCGAGGUAGAGGACGCGGUGGUUUUAGGGCCAAUCAACCUGGUAAUGCUGGAGCUAAAUCCAAAAACACGCUCAAAUUUGAUAACGAUUACGAUUUCGAGCAAGCUAAUACGGAAUUCGAGGAAUUAAGAUCCCAAUUGGCAAAGACCAAAAUCGACGGUGGUACGGAUAACGAGAAGAAAGAUGAUAGCGGUAAUGAAACUGGAGCAGGCGAAGGAGAACCCGAGGAAGAACCGGAAGUUGUUCAUUAUGAUAAAUCUAAAUCAUUCUUUGAUAACAUUAGCUGCGAGGCUGUCGAGAGGAGUAAAGGACGAUUCCAGCGUACGGAUUGGAGGACAGAAAGGAAAUUGAACUCUGAGACGUUCGGCGUGGCUUCGACAAGACGUGGCGGUUUUCGCGGCCGUGGCUACUAUAAUCGUGGUAUGGGAGGAAUGUAUGGGAGAGGUGCUGGCAAUAUUGGUACGUCUGGUUUUCGUGGUGGGUACAGAGGUACUCGAGGCGUCAAUCGCAAGCCCACCAAUCAACAACAGAAUAAUAAUCCUGGUAGUCAAGCUCGUGCGACCAACGAACAGUCUACUACUCAGUCGCAGCAGAAUAACCGUCUUGUAACUGGAACGGCGUAAAACCUGGAAUAUGCCACACUAUGAACAACGCGCUAUUAAGUAUAAGUAUUCUUUAGAUAAUAAGGCUUUUACGGUAUAUGCUCUGCCCAUACGGACUGAAAAUGAUUUUGGAAAAAUUGGCAAUCUGAUAAAUUUUAGAUUGUCGUUAAAGGAAAUGUUGCGAAGAAUCUCGCGCGUGGGACUCUGCUGGCGCACAGAACUCUCGCAUCUAGACUUUUUUUCGGUGUAAGGGAGACGUUUACUCUACGGGGAAGAAAUGUUUUUUUUCUUUUUCCCCUUAGCUUUGGAUAAUGAUCACGAUAUACGCGCGUGCACGCGCGCGCGCACACACACACACACACACACAACACAACACACACACACACACACUUAUCGAGAAUCGUCCUUUGAUAAUCGUUUAUAUGAUUGAAUGUAGUCUUGUAGUUCGUGUGCGUUCUCGAGAGGAAAUCUUUGCGCUUUUAAUUUUUUUCUUUUCUCUAACAGGCAUCGGAGCAAAUACAGGACACGUUACAUUUGAAUAUAAUCUUACAAUAUGAUCCAUAUGAGACGUUGAAAGCGCAGGCAGGUUUAUCAUAUUGAGAAGAAAUUGACGAAAAAUUACAAGUUCUAGUUUAAAACUUCUCGUUUAUAUUUUAUUCGAAAUGCGAAUUUCUUUCUCUCUAUAAAACAUUUUUCCUACGACUCUUUCAAGGGGACGUUUCAAGUUUAAUAUUUUUCCCAUAAGCUUCGUAUCGUAAUCAUUAUCACGUCUUUUCGUAUAAGUGUUUAGUAGAUCGAGAUAGGUCAAUAAAGAUGUGGCAGAGAAAAAAUAAAAUGAUAAAAAAAAUUAUACUGGUAAUUAUAUUUGCAUUAGUUAUAAA